UCAACUAACAGCGUCAUUUUGUGGAGGGAAAAAAGAAGACUGCCUCAGACGAAGUGAACGCUCAAAAACUCAACACCAUCUAUGAAAACGGAUUCAGAUCGGAAGAGGAAGAAUGAUUCGGUGACGUCUACGGAUCGAGCGGAGAAGGUCAAGAGGAAGACCGAGAUGUCGUCGUCCUCCGGUUCCGGCGACAAGGUUAGGGCUUCGCACGUACUGAUAAAGCAUCAGGGCUCGCGUCGCAAGGCGUCGUGGAAAGAUCCGGAAGGACACGCCAUCUGCAAAAGGACCAGAGAAGACGCCGUUGCUCAGCUCAAAUCCCUUCGCGAAGACCUCGUCUCCGGCAAGGCCGACUUCAAGGACAUAGCCUCCCGCUACUCCGAUUGCAGUUCCGCCAAGCGCGGCGGCGAUCUCGACAAAUUUAUGAUUGUCGAACUUGAUUUAUGCUGUUGCUUUUUGUACAUCUCUUAGAUGUUCUAAACAUUGCUAAAAUGGGAUAUUUGCCUUUCAGAAACUGCCAAAAUAAAAUCAAAGGACAAUCAACAAAUGCAUUAGUCAUUGCUAGCAAUUUCUCUCAGUGGCUCUUUCCUUCUUCAAAUUCUUCCCGCUUAAUUCACACACUCUCCACUUCAGCACCUAGAUAAUUCACUCUGGAGCAUUACAGUGGCUCACCCCAACUUAGUCAUUCUUAUUGGCAUUGUUGAAUCAGUAUUUGGUGUAACCAAAGGAAAGAAUACUAUUGUAUAGGGUGCAGUUAUCUUGUGACUUAAUAACAAUGAAGCUAUUAUGCAAUGUUCUUA